AGCGUUCUAGCCACAAUCAUCAGUCUCUCUCCUGCUCUUGCACUGCUAACAACCCCUCAAAUGAUGUCAUCAAGUUUGUUUGUGGUGGUGUUGGGUGUGGUGACAGCGGUGGGGGCUGACCCCAGCUACCCCCAAUCCGCCCCCUGCUACCCCAAGACCCAGUACGUCACCCAGUACCAGACGCAGGUCCAGCAGGUUCCUGUGUAUACGACUGUGUACAAGACCCAGGUCGUCCCCACCACCCUCUACCAGACCCAGUACCAGACCCAGUACGUGACCAAGUACCAGACCCAGUACGUUCCCCAGUACGUCACCGAGACCGUCUACAAGACCCAAGUCCAGUACCAGACCCAGUACGUAACCAAAUACCAGACCCAGUACCAGACCCAAUACGUCACCAAGACCGAGUAUGUCCCCCAGUACAUCACUCAGACCCAAUACCAAACCCAGUACGUUACACAGACCCAGUACCAGACCGUGUACAAGACCGAAUACGUCCCCCAGUACGUCACCAAGACCCUGGAACAGUACCAGACCCAGUACCAGACCCAAGUGGUCCCAGAGUACCACACGGUCACCAAGACCCAGCAGACCUACAAGACGGUCUGCCCCAAGCCCUCCUACGGCUACAGCUACUGAAGGACCGGUCAGCCAGCAGACCGGAGGGCGCCUCCCCCAAACUGUUCACCGUCAGGAGUCAACAUGAUAUCUUAUGGGGCCAGAAAACCUUACUAUUUAUAACAUCGAAUACAACACUAACCGAUAUCUCUUCUCUCUAUAUUAUAUAUGUAUAAUAUAUUGUAUAUGUAUAUAUAUGUAUAUCCAAGUCCUGUAAAACGAUUAUAUACGAGUAGACUAGAAAACAAGUCUAAAUAAAAUUUGAAUUGACAA